CUCAGCCAGAAGCGGAACGGACACAUAAAUAGUUUCUGUUUCUCUCAGACACAAGCUCCACUGAAGAACAGAAGCCUUCAGCUCCACCAGCAAUGAGGCUAGCUUUUGUCUUAUCCUUUCUCACAGGAGCCUACUCUGUAAGUGUAUUAGGACCGGAGAGGGUGAUAAGUAACACCAAAGGAAACGUAAUGGUCCAGUGUAAAUAUGACGAAUCUUACACCGACCAUGUCAAAUACUGGUGCAAAGUCAAUCGGCUGAUAUCUUGUUAUAAACUGGUCAGUACCAGUGAAGAUACUCACAGCAGGAUCACUAUCAGAGAUAAUAAAACAGAGGGCGCAUUUUACAUCACUAUGACGGACCUCACCAAGGAUGAUGAGGGGCAAUACAAGUGUGGAAUAGAUAUAGCACUUGGCUUCGAUGAACAAGCCUUGGUGCAUGUUCAAGUCAAUGAAGAUUCAGGUGCUGAUGUCUGCAGCCCCGAGGUGAACACUAAUGACAAAGAAAGAGAAGACAUAACUCAGAUCCGAGAUGACCCUUCCAACAGAGAGCUUGUGAUCACCAUCAGAAACCUCACAGGAAACGACACAGGCUUGUACUAUUGUGGAGUGAAGCAGUCUUCCUCCCACAAAGAUAAUCGGGUUCCAGUGAACCUGAAUGUUGAUGCAGGUCAGGUCAUGGUCUGCAUCAUGGUCUGUGAAAGGAUAUUUGAAGAUGGAUCUCAAGUAGGACCAAUUCCUGCAUCCACAGCUGAAAAAGAGAAUCGGAUUUCAAAACAAAAACAAGAAGGAUCAACAUAUCCAACAAAUCAUUUGAAGUCUCCGUCUAUGUUGGUCCCACUCGCUGUUUCCUUUGGGGUUCUCCUCCUGCUCUGCUGUGUGGCUGCUCUUAUCGUGUGCAAGAUCAAACGAAACGUAAGACCAGAUGUGGCAGACAAAGGGGGAAAGCCCCCAGCAGCCAAUGAACCGACGUUACAGUCCCCAGCAGCCAAUGAACUGACCUACGAAGAAGUGACCAAUGACAGACCAAUGAGCGAGGACAGUGCGCUGGAGCCGAGUGUCUGUUUGUACUCAGUAGUGGAUUUACAGCAGCGCACACGGACGCCUCCAGCGGACCAAGUUCUGUACUCUACUAUCAACACUGUGCCCAAUGAAGAAAGAGAGGAGGUGGGAUCAUUUGCAGUAGGAAGUGUGACAUUGGCUGGGGGCUGUAGCGAGUGCUCCACGGUUGUCGACUUCGUGCUCAAUCUCCACCAAAAAGGGAUGAUCGAUGUUCUGGCAAAGUUUCCGAGUGCCUACUCUGUAGUUGUAUGGGGUCCAGGGGAGGAGAGGGCCUUGGUGGGAGACAGCCUGACAGUCUCAUGUAGAUAUACAAAUUAUGUUGAGAAUGUGAAAUACUGGUCCAGAGACAAGUGGGGUAAGGGGUCUUUGGUAAAGUCUGACGGCACAACCAACGACAACAGAAUGACGAUUACUGAUAAUAAAGCAGUGAAAGUCUUCACUGUAACUAUGAAGGAUCUCAAAGAGGAUGACGAUGGAUGGUACCAGUGUGGAAUAUCUAUCCCUGGUUGGUUUGUGUAUGAUCAAACAAGUGUGGUGCACAUCAGUGUCAAAAAAGUCCAGGCUCCGAUGUACGUGAUAAACCAAACCAAAGGAAAAGUAACAGUCCGGUGUAAAUAUCACAAAUCGUACACUGACUCUGUCAAAUACUGGUGCAAAGGCAAGCUGCUGCUUCCAUGUUCUACCCUGGUGAAAACAGGUGGCACAGAUACUCACGGCAAGAUCUCUAUCAGAGAUAAUAAAACAGAGGGCACAUUUUACAUCACUAUGACAGACCUCACCAAGGAUGAUGAGGGGCAGUACAAGUGUGGAAUAGAAAUACCACGUGCCUUGGAUGAACAAGUCUCGGUGCAUGUUCAUGUCAGUGAAGGUGAUACCAUGCCUGAUCUCUGGGGGCCUAGGAAUGUAUCUGGCAUGGCAUCCAGCAGUCAAACCAUCACAUGUCAGUAUGCUGCAGAUUACACAAAGAGUGUUAAAUACUGGUGUAAAGACUCGGGUACGGACGUCUGCAGCCCCGAGGUGAACACUCAUGACAAAGAAAGAGAAAACAGAACUCAGAUCAGAGAUGACCCUUCCAACAGAGAGUUUGUGAUCACCAUCAGAAACCUCACAGGAAACGACACAGGCUUGUACUAUUGUGGAGUGAAGCAGUCUUCCUCCCACAAAGAGAAUCGGGUUCCAGUGAACCUGAAUGUUGAUGCAGUCAAGGCUCAAGUAGAACCAAUUCCUGCAUCCACAACAGAAAAUGGAAUCUGGAGUUCAAUAAAUCAAGAAGGAUCAACACAUCUAACAAACCAUUCUGAUAGGAAGUCUCCGUCUAUGUUGGUCCCACUCGCUGUUUCCUUUGGGGUUCUCCUCCUGCUCUGCUGUGUGGCUGCUCUUAUCGUGUGCAAGAUCAAACGUAACACAAGACCAGCUGUGGCAGACAAAGGGGAAAAGCCCCCAGCAGCCAAUGAACCGACGUUACUGCCCCCAGCAGCCAAUGAACCGACCUACGAAGAAGUGACCAAUGACAGACCAAUGAGCGAGGACAGUGCGCUGGAGCCGAGUGUCUGUUUGUACUCAGUAGUGGAUUUACAGCAGCGCACACAGACGCCUCCAGCGGACCAAGUUCUGUACUCUACUAUCAACACUGCAAGAUAGGCCCUCGACUCUCACUGAACUCCACACACACCGAGAUGUUCUUGUUUUUUUAUUCAUACCUGGGUCAAAUUUAUAUGGGAACGCUCUGACAUUCAGUCAUUCGGAUCUUCACCAAAUGUUGCUCAUCAAAAUUUAUACUUGCAUAUGACAUAAUCCUAAUAAGAAUGACAUUUAAUGAAAACUCAAAAUAUAUGAAAAUAGCAUACAUUUUCCUCUGAAUUUGGUAAUAAAGAUGCUUCUUUUUAAAUUGACAAUGGUCUGUAGGAAUUCUACUGUAAUUUAAUUUGUUCAAAUUUUUCCCUUUAACAAUUCCCUUUUUUUCUCCCAAUGUGGUAGCCAAUUAAACCCUAUCUAAUCCAAUUAGUGUUAGCCGGGGGAUACACCGCCCACACCCCGUCCCUCGGCAGCCCGAAGGGAUCUGGUGAUCCGAGAACAACACGCCUUCUUCAAGCCGUCUCGUCUCAUGGUCGUGACUGUGAUUCCCGGGGUGCUGUUAUGGUAAUGGCGAUCCGUUAAUCCUGCCAAGUCCCUCCCUCUGGAGCAGCGAGCCAAUUAUGCUGCUCCAUGAGAGCUGGCCCAACUUCUAGCAGGACUGGGAAUCGAACCCCGGUCCUCGGUGUGCAACUGCAAUGAACUGCAACCGCAAGUCCGCUGCAUCUUAACCUGUUGCGUGUAAAAACUGUUGUUUCAACAUUUCUAAAGAUGAAACGGUGCACAAUUAUUAAUAGUGACACCUAUAUACUGCAGCCCGCCUGAUCACCAGUCAGCCCAGGACUGCCCCACCUUACAUACAAUCCUCAAUCGCUCCCCAGCUAGACCACUCCAGUCUGCCAGCUCUGGUCGCCUUAUGGUUCCCUCACCACGAGCACCUGGCGGUCGAUGCCUUGCCUACCACUGUCAGGACAGCAGAAUCCCUCCCCCUAUUUCCUGAUUUACGCCCCCCCCCCCCCCCCCCCCCAAAAAAAAAAAGAAAAAAGACUUAUUGCAUUACUGGCAUUCGGCAGACGCUCUUAUCCAGAGCGACGUACAGUUGGUUUUGAAUACAGCUAUUUAACAUGAGCUCUUCAUAGUUGGAGAUGAACUGUAAGAUAUACUUUGACAUCUUAAUAAAGAUAUGUAUGAAUUAAUACCCCUUACUUCUUGGCUGUAUUUAACUUAAAGAACAGUGGCAUGAAGGAUUGGAACUUGGUCAAUUUCCCGUUUUCCAGUAUGCUUUGAUUUUUUUAUGAGAUUAUUUUUAAUUUUCAUAAAUAGACAUGGGGUGUCACAGAUGGUGUCAUUUCCUCAAUUUCCAAAUACAUUUUUUAUGAAAAUGCAGAAAUAGCAGGUUUUGCGUUUUUGUAAAAAUAACAGUUCUAAAACUGUCUAACUGAUGUGUUGCAUCUGUGCUACUUGAAAUUUGGUUUUCAUCUAUUCUGGGUAAACGGCUGGGGUCAGACAUUUUGUUUUUCUCUCAGUGCGUCCUCAGUGAAGUCACACAUGAAAUACACUCAAAUUAAAUACACAAGCUUACUGCGCAUUUCCGUUGAAAGCUGGUGCACAUGAAAGUAUCGUACUUCCUUCUACAACCUUGUGCAAAUAUGAUGGUCAGGAAGCCAUUAAAGGUUGUAGCUAAAAUGUCAGACCACAUGAACGGCUGGGCUGAUAAACCUGCGUAGCAAUGAGGGGGAGAAAAUAGUGCUUUCAUGUUUUCUGUGGUUUUCAAGCGAUCAGUGUUCAGUCCAGACCUGAUCUGUUGAAUAGCAAUUGAAAUAGACACAUUACAAGGUGGAAUUAACUUGAGUAAACUGUUGAUGUAAUUUAAAAAUAUACAGUACUGUGCAAAAGUCUUAGGCACAUGUAAAAUAAAUUCAGUAAAGAAAAUAUUCUUAAAAUAAUUAUUAAAUCAACAGUUCAAAUAUCAAGAAAUGUGCUAUAAAUAGCAAUGAACAGUUAAAAAAAAUCUAAAUCUAAAUCAAAUCAAACCUUUAAAACCUUUAAAUUCUGCAUCAACUCAAUCCUGCAGGCUUUCUAUAUGAAAAUCAGCUGGUAGGUUGUACCAAACAUAUGGGAGAAAUUCUUCAGUCUUUGACUGUCUCACUUGCUUCUGGCUCUCCAGAUAGUCCCAGACAGCCUAGAUCAAGUUUUUGUAUCCCAGGGGAUUCAUUCAUUCAUUAUCGUAACCUGCUUAUCCUGAACAGGGUUGCAGGGGGGCUGGAGCCUAUCCCAGCAUACAUUGGGCGAAAGGCAGGAAUACACCCUGGACAGGUCGCCAGUCCAUCACAGGGCACACACACCACUCACUCACACACUCAAACCUACGGGCAAUUUAGACUCUCCAAUCAGCCUAACCUGCAUGUCUUUGGACUGUGGGAGGAAACCGGAGUACCCGGAGGAAACCCACGCAAACACGGGGAGAACAUGCAAACGCCGCACGGAGAGGCCCCGGCCGACCAGGAUUCGAACCCAGGACCUGCUGGCUGUGAGGCGGCAGUGCUACCCACUGCACCAUCCAUGCCACCAUCCUAUGAGAAAUUAUUAUUUUUUAUUCCCUUUCACCAAUAUCUCAACCCUUCUUUCUCAUGAAUGUGUAUAUACACUCACUGAGCACUUUAUUAGGUAUUUAUUAGACCUCUUUUUUAGACUUCUACUGCUGUAGCCUUAGAGUUAUGAUGUGUUGGGUGUUCAGAGAUGCUCUUCUGCAUACCACCGUUGUAAUGUGUGGUUAUUUUUACAUCACAUUACAUUACAUUAACUGCAUUUGGAAUUAUUUGAAUCACUGUCACCUUCCUGUCAGAGUCUGGCCCUUCUCUACUGACCUUUCUCAUUAACAAGGCGUUUCUGUCUACAGAACUGCUGUGCGUGAAAAUCCCAGGAGACCAGCUACUCAAACCACCCUGUCUGCCACCAACAAUCAUUCCAUGGUCAAAGACACUUUGAUCACAUUGUUUCCCCAUUCUGAUGGUUGAUGUGAACAUUAAGUGAAGCACCUGACCCGUAUCUACAUGAUUGUAUGCAUUGCACUGCAGCCACACAAUUGACUGAUUAGAUAAUGACAAGAAUAAGUAGGUGUAAUAAAGUAAAAAUGUUCCUAAUAAAGUGCUCGGUGUAUAUUGUUUAUGAAAAUUCUCAGGGAUGUGUAUUUACAAUUUUACCAAGCAAAGUCCAGCCCUUAAAACUUUAUUUCCUGCUAAGCAGUAGGAGGAAAUAUUAUCAAGGAAUAUGUUAAAAAGAAACAAAAGUAAUAAAAAAAAGGAAAGAAAAAAAAGGAAAAGAAAGUGGGAAGUUCAGCACAGGAAAUCCUAUUUUGUCAGUGUUGUGAGACACUGAGGAUCACCACGGUUAGAUGUGUUUACUGACUAUGGAUCCAGCCAUCUUCAUCCUGCUUCUCUUUUUAGGUCACUUAUCAAGAGGACAAUACAGAGCAGACACAUCAGGAGCCGUUUUGCUGCAAUUGCCUUUUAAUCCAUAUUUCAAUAACUAUGAAAAGGGCUGCUGCAAAUUUUACCCGGAUGUCUGUGUCCCUGUGGUGGACAACAGAAGAUACUGCGCUGACUUAUAUAAGGGAAGAAUAUCUAUAAACGAAUACAGUGGACUUAUGGUUGUGAGGAUCUGGAACUUACAGAAGUCAGACGCUGGCCUGUACCGGUGUGCUGUAACGCAAUCACCGUAUCACAUUUACAUGGACUUCUCAGUUGAAAUACGAGACUCAGCGAAUCGACAGAGCCCACCUCUGCCCUCGCUGAUGUCAACCGCCAGGCCCGCCACAGUCAGUGUGGACACCACAUCCGUCACACCCGUGGAGAGCCCCAACGAGUCUCAGAGCAAUGGAAGCUUGAGGUUUAAAACAGACAUGUGGAUAUUGCUGGCUGCUGCCCUGAGUUUGCUGCUGAUGCUCAUUCUUAUCAUCUCAGUAACCAUUGCGGUUCAUCACAGGAAGAAAUACAAAGAGAAAAGUGGAACUGCUCCAUGUGAUAGCUCAUCCUCCUCCAUCUCAGGCUCCACCUCCCAAGAUGUGAACGCCAUUGUCUACACCACAGUAAAUUUCAAAACCUGUGAGGAGCCCACUGGACUGUAUGCUAACCUCAAUGUUCAGAAGAGCUCUGCUGCAAGAUGCCCUCAAUCCUAUGGCCAUCACGAUUCCGGAGAGACCGUGGAGUACUCCACACUAGCAGUCAGGCAGAAGUAGUGUGUAUGGGAAUGUCUCUAGGAAGGGGUAUCACAGACUCUUUAGACUCAUUUAGUUACUCAGCCUUAGUGUUCCUCCAGUCUGUGCUGCUUAACUAUGGAAGUCUACAAUCUGGUAGCAGUCAUUUCUUGUGUAAUAUUAGUGUGUUCAAUAUUAAGAAUGUGGAGUACAGUACCUGGUAUGUAAAGAAUAUCUAGUGGUAUGUGCACUUGCCAAAGCAAAUGUGUGCAUUGCAUAAUCUUGAUACUGUAUACCUGCAAAACAAUUGAAAGGUUACUGUAGGUGAUCAUUGAACUGCAUAAUUAUGAAAAUGCUUACAUCUUACAUAAAUUAGCAAGACAUGACAGAGCUUUAAAUGAUGUUGGCUAACAAUGCUAGUUUCAAGCACACUGUGUCUGAGAAAUAAGGUGACUAAAUGUUACUUGGUUAAAUUAAGGUUAGGAAAAAUUAAAGAUAUACUGAAGACUCAGAAACCAGAAAAUAUGAAUCUUGAUUUAGACAAGGCGUUAUUGGAAAUGAGAGAAGAUAUUAUGAAUUUGUAAAACGCAUCCUUGAUUAAAUUUAACCUGGCCUCUG